AUCCCGGCGCAGAGCGCGGACAAAGAAAAAACUAGUUAAUUAAGAUAGCAGGAUCCAAAAAGCAACAUAAACCAAAAAAAAAAAAAAAAGUGAAUGCAAAAGCGGAAAAUGUGCGUCUUUCAAAAUUUUCAAUGUCUCCCUCCUCAACUUAUAAUUCCUUAUUCUUUCAUCACCUCCCUCUCUUUCCACCAUUCUCGUCCUGCACCAUCUCUCACUUUCCCUUUCUACCUUUCAUUAAUGAAAAAUAUCUCCAAUAAAUUUAUCUUUUCAUUUCUUGCCUGAGAAUUUUGCUCUAGCCUGCAUAAUCCAAAAAAAAAAAAAAAUGCAUUUCCCCAAGCUUGAUGACUCGCCGAUGUUUCGGCAACAGAUGCAAUGUAUGGAAGAAAAUGCUGAAGUGUUGAGAGGAAGAUGUUUAAAGUUCUAUAAGGGAUGUCGAAAGUAUACAGAAGUCUUGGGUGAUGAGUAUGAUGGAGAUGUUGCUUUUGCCAGUACUCUUGAAGCAUUUGGAGGUGGACAUAAUGAUCCUAUUUGUGUUGCUUUUGGAGGCCCUGUUAUGAACAAAUUCACAAUUGCCCUAAGAGAGAUCGGGAGUUACAGAGAAGUCCUUCGGUCACAGGUAGAACACAUGUUGAACGAUAGAUUGUCACAAUUUGUGAAUGUUGACCUACAAGAUAUCAAGGAAGCUAGAAAACGUUUUGACAAGGCUUCCUUAAUAUAUGAACAGGCACGAGAUAAGUUCUUGUCAUUGAGAAAGAGUACUAGGAUGGAUGUCGCCACAACAAUAGAGGAGGAACUACAUAAUGCAAGAACAUCUUUUGAGCAAGCACGCUUCAAUUUGGUUAGUGCUCUUUCUAUUGUUGAAGCUAAAAAAAGAUAUGAGUUUUUGGAGUGUGUAAGUGGGAUGAUGGAUGCUCAUCUACGAUUUUUUAAGCAGGGAUAUGAGUUACUUCAUCAAAUGGAGCCCUUUAUUAACCAGGUCCUAGCUUAUGCACAACAAUCAAGAGAAUGUUCGAACUAUGAGCAAGCUUCUCUAAAUGAAAGGAUGCACGAAUAUAUGAAACAAAUUGACAGAGAAAAUAGGCAAUCCCUACAUGGGAACAACGGUUCUCCUCAUGCUGAUGGAAGACCAUUUGUUAGAAGUUCCCAAAAAGUGAUAGAGGCAGUCAUGGAAACUGCAAUGCAAGGAAAGGUUCAAACCAUCCGACAAGGAUAUUUGUCUAAGCGAUCUUCAAAUUUAAGAGCUGAUUGGAAAAGAAGGUUUUUUGUGCUUGAUAGUCGAGGGAUGCUUUACUACUACCGAAAACCUUUCAUAUGGGGACAUGCAGGUGGGGCCCAAUCAGCUCUGCAGAGGAAUACUGCCUCUGAGAAUGGUCCUGGAUUGUUGAGUAGAUGGCUCUCUUCUCAUUACCAUGGUAGCGUUCACGAUGAAAAGACCGCUGCACGCCACACAGUAAACCUACUAACAUCGACAAUUAAGGUCGAUGCAGAUCAGACCGAUCUGAGAUUCUGCUUCAGAAUUAUCUCACCUGUGAAAGUCUAUACUUUACAGGCUGAAAAUGCUAUCGAUCAAAUGGAUUGGAUCGAGAAGAUAACUGGAGUCAUCACUUCAUUAUUGAGUUUCCAGACACCUGAAAACUGUAUUUCUGCAGCCUCCAUGGGAUUCAGCGAUGGUCAAUCUUGUAGUGAUGGUGGCGGCUCAUUAGCAGAUUCUCAUGAGAUCGAUAAUACAAAUUUUGAGGAGGUCGCAUCUUGUAAUCUGAUCGCCGGCAGACAUUUGAAUCCAUUGAGAAAUUUGCGGCCAAUCUGCAGUAUGAAAGCUGAAAAGCCAAUAAUUCUGCUAAGAAGAGUAGCCGGGAAUGACAAUUGUGCAGAUUGUGGUGCACCUGAACCAGACUGGGCUUCCCUAAACCUUGGAAUCCUUGUAUGUAUUGAAUGUUCUGGAGUUCACCGCAAUCUUGGUGUGCAUAUAUCAAAGGUAAGAUCAUUAACACUUGAUGUCAAAGCAUGGGAGCCAUCUGUGUUAAUGCUGUUCCAAUCGCUUGGCAAUAACUGUGCAAACUCAAUCUGGGAGGAGUUAAUGAAUUCAGAUCAAACUUCUUCCGCUACCACCAUUCAGGCUACCGAAGAACUAGCAAAAUGCCCCUUAAAAGCUGACAAGACACAACCCUUCAACAUAAAAAAGCCUAGCCAGAACGAUCCCAUUUCACUCAAGGAACAGUUCAUCCAUGCAAAGUACAAAGACAAGAUUUUUGUUGGCAAGAUUCAGGACAUUGUGGCGGUUUCACAACAGCUGUGGAGAAGCGUCUCAGCGAACGACAAAAAAGGAGUUUAUCGGCAGAUUGUAUGCUCUGGAAUUGAUUUAAAUACCAUCCACAGGCAGUCCUUGAUUGGUGAUCAAGAUCAGCUCCCGAUGGAAUUAUCUGAUAACUGCUCUCUCCUUCACCUGGCCUGCCUAAAUACUGAUAUUGGAAUGGUGGAAUUGCUUCUACAAUAUGGAGCAAAUGUGAAUGCGUUCGAUUCAAAGAACCAGACUCCGUUGCAUCAUUGCAUUAUGGGCAAAAGAAGUGCCAUUGCGAGAUUGCUUCUUAUGAGGGGUGCAGAUCCACGAGCUGUGAGCAGAGAUGGUAAUACAGCUCUUAAGCUUCUGUCCCAGUCCUCCCUCGAUGAUCAUGAGCUAGAAGGUCUCUUGGCAGCAAAAUGAAAAUGGCAUAGCAAAAAACGUGCAGCCGGAUGAUCUUAAUUUCUAACCCUUAAAUCAAUUGAAUGUUCAUGCAUUGCACAUCUACCGUGCGGUCUAUGAGUUUUGAUGGUAUAUUUUGGUAGGGCUUUGUGUCUAAAUUAUUUGCUUUGCUCGCAAUUGGAGUGGUUGUGACUUGUGAUUAUUGCGAUAUCAUUACUUGAUCCCCUAGCUCUGCCUUUUUGUUUUAUGCUUACUUUUUUCUUGUGUGAAUUGGAGAGAGAUCAUAGGCAAAAUAUCAAUUUUACUUCCUCGUGUAAAGGUAUCAUGCAGGUGUUUAUAACAUGUUUUGUGAAACCAUAUUGAAAGUCACACCAGAUUCAUUUGUGAUAGGGUAUUUUGUGGUACGAUCGUGGUUCGACCAUUUUAUACUGGUAAAAUACCAUUUUUAUAAUAAAAAAAUAGUUUUAUGUUAGAAAACCGUACCAAUAAAAUUAAGGUACCAUUCCGGAGUAAUACCGAAUAAAAUCGAAAGAUUUGA